AAUCAAGUUAAAAGGAACUUCUUAACAUAACCCCCUCUCUCCCCCAAUCAUCACCAUCACUGCCACUAUCACCAAAAGACUACAAAUUUCUCACCUUCUUUAGCCAUGCCACAGAACUCCAUAGCACCAAAACCAGAACACUGCAGUAGGAGCCCUGUAGAAGAAGGAGCGCAAGAGAUGUCAGAGCCCCAUAACUCAAUUGUCCUUCCCCACCCAGCACAAACCAAUGAACAAUCUUUGCCAAAACUGAAUUUGUACCCAAUUACCCUGAAGUUCGAGGAACUGGUUUACAAAGUUAAACUAGAGCAGAAAGGACAGUGUUGGGGCAGUUCAUGGAAAUCCAAGGAGAAGACCAUAUUGAAUGGGAUUACCGGUAUGGUUUGCCCAGGAGAAAUACUGGCUAUGCUGGGACCCUCUGGCAGUGGGAAAACCACACUUCUGACAGCUCUUGGAGGCCGUCUCAAUGGUAAAUUAUCUGGGAAGAUCACAUACAACAACCAGCCUUUCUCUGGUUCCAUAAAGAGAAGAACUGGGUUUGUCGCUCAGGAUGAUGUUCUAUACCCUCAUCUAACUGUUUUUGAGACUCUAUUGUUCACUGCACUUUUGAGGUUGCCUAACAGCUUGACCAGAGACGAAAAAGUUGAGCACGUAGAGCGGGUUAUUGUUGAGUUAGGACUGACUCGGUGCAGGGGAAGCAUGAUAGGAGGCCCACUUUUCAGAGGAAUAUCAGGUGGAGAGAAAAAGAGGGUAAGCAUAGGGCAGGAAAUGCUCAUCAAUCCAAGCCUUUUGCUUCUAGAUGAGCCCACCUCAGGUUUGGACUCUACCACAGCUCAGAGGAUCCUAAACACAAUCAAACGUCUGGCCAGUGGAGGUAGAACUGUUGUGACCACCAUACACCAGCCAUCUAGUCGUCUCUACUAUAUGUUUGAUAAGGUAGUCCUGCUAUCUGAAGGCUGCCCCAUCUACAAUGGCCCUGCUUCUACAGCCUUGGAGUACUUUUCAUCCAUUGGUUUUUCCACAUCCAUGACUGUCAAUCCAGCUGAUCUCUUGCUUGAUCUUGCCAAUGGGAUUGCCCCGGACUCCAAGAAUUCAACUGAACAAAGUGAGAACCUGGAGCAAGAAAGGAAGCUAGUCAGGGAAGCACUAAUUUCUGCUUAUGACAAGAACAUAGCAACAAGGUUGAAAACUGAGCUGUGCAGCUCGAAUGUGAACUACAAUAUCACAAAAGAUACUUCUGCAAAAAGUAACAUAAAACCAGAGCAAUGGUGCACAAGUUGGUGGUACCAAUUCAAGGUACUGUUACAGAGGGGCCUAAGGGAGAGAAGGUAUGAGACUUUCAACAGGCUGAGAAUAUUCCAAGUCAUAAGUGUUGCUUUUCUUGGUGGACUCUUGUGGUGGCAUACACCAGAAUCACACAUUCAAGACCGGGUUGCCUUGAUCUUUUUCUUCUCCGUUUUCUGGGGAUUCUACCCUCUCUACAACGCAGUUUUCACAUUUCCUCAGGAAAGAAGAAUGCUGAUCAAGGAACGGUCAUCAGGAAUGUACAGACUUUCAUCCUACUUUCUAGCUAGAACAAUAGGAGACUUGCCGCUGGAGCUGGCUCUUCCAACCGCAUUUGUCUUCAUACUCUACUGGAUGGGAGGGCUUAAACCUCAUCCUAUGACAUUCAUCCUUUCCCUUCUUGUGGUUCUUUACAGUGUACUUGUCUCUCAAAGUCUUGGCUUAGCCUUUGGAGCUAUUCUUAUGGAGAUCAAGCAGGCCACAACCUUAGCUUCUGUCACAACCCUUGUAUUUCUCAUUGCUGGAGGAUACUACGUACAACAAAUCCCUCCCUUCAUAGUGUGGUUCAAGUACUUGAGCUACAGCUACUAUUGUUACAAACUUCUUCUCGGUGUCCAGUAUAAUGACAAUGAUGUUUAUGAGUGCUCCAAGGGUGUUUUGUGUAGGGUUGGAGAUUUUCCUCCGAUCAAAUCAAUGGGUUUGAACCAUUUGUGGGUUGAUGUGGCCAUUAUGGCUUUGAUGUUGGUAGCUUAUCGACUUGUUGCUUACAUAGCACUACAUAGAGUGAGGUAAAGGAGCUAAGAUCUGACACAGCUCUCAUACAAACACAACUGAACUAGAAGAGUUUUUUUCCCUUCUUCAACAAUUGAGGAAUAAUACUAGAAUUUAGGACUUCUUAUGCAGCUCAUGUAAUGAAAUUUUGAUCAGCUCUUCCUGAGUUGGAUUUAUCAGACCUUUUUCUUACUGUUGUAGGAAAUACUAACUUAUAAGUUGUUCUUUCGAAGUUAGAAUAAAUUUCUAUUGUCUUA